AUGACUGAAGCGUAUGCACCGUUAUUCCACGGGACGGUGCGUAGCUCAGCCGCCUGCAGACGCUUCUACACCGCUGACUUGCGCCCCAAACUUUGGAUAAACUUUUUCUUCCUCUUUAACGCAUCUCCGAGGAGCCAGGAACUUUAACUUUUUCUUUUUUUUUCUUUUUUGUCUUUCAAAGGCUCGUCAGAUUCCUCUCUGAAAAUGCUAUUUGAGGAGUUGAAAUGAAACUUCCCUGAUCUGCAGGAAUCAUUCUCUCCAUUCAGAGGAUUUGGUUGCAAUUAAAGCGCAGCGCAGCGCAGGAUAAAGUGACGCUCCUGGAGUACUUUGGAACGCUGAUUAAGUGUGGAAAGAGCAGUUUGCUGGCUUUCCCAUUGAGUUUCUGCGUGCACAUUUCGUUGGAAUACAAUGCUUUAGUGACUCCUCAGUAAAGUUGAUGCAUCAUAGGCAUGGACUCUGUCUGAGAAAGGUGGACUGGCUAUCUGACCAUGGCGCUCGCAGGUAGGGGCUCCGGCCGGUUUCAUUUGAUUCUACUCAUGCUGUGGACUUUGUCGCAGUACUCAGCAUCCAGCCAAGUCCGUCAAGAGUUCCAGGUCCUGGAGGAGCAGCCCGUCGGCACCUAUGUGGGCACGAUAGAGACCAAGCCCAGCUUCACGUACCGCUUCAGCGAGAGCCACAAACUUUUUGCAAUUAACGGCACCACGGGAGUGAUUUACACCUCCGCGGUGAUCGACAGGGAGCUCCUGCAGAGUGAUGUCAUCAACGUGGUGGUGCUGUCCAGCCAGCCCACGUACCCCACGGAGGUCAGGAUAGUGGUGCUGGACAUCAACGAUAACUCCCCGGUGUUCCCAGACGCCUCCAUAGUGGUGUCCUUCAAGGAGGACGCCAGCAGCGGCCGGCAGGUGAUCCUGGACACAGCCACAGACUCUGACAUUGGAAGUAACGGAGUUGAUCACACCACUUAUAGAAUAGUAAGAGGCAACGAGCAGAGGAAAUUCCGCCUGGAUAUUACAGUCAAUCCUAGUGGAGAGGGGGCAUUCUUGCACCUUGUUUCAACUGGAGGCUUGGACAGGGAAGUUACUCCCUUCUACCAGCUCCUGAUUGAAGUGGAGGACAAAGGAGAGCCCAAAAAGUUUGGCUACCUGCAAGUAAAUGUCACCAUUCAGGACAUAAAUGACAACCCCCCUCUUUUUGAGCAAGACCAGUAUCAAACCAGCGUGUUUGAAGAUGCAGCAGUAGGUUCCAGCAUCCUGCAGAUCACAGCUUCAGAUCAGGAUGAGGGAGCCAAUGCAGAAAUCAGGUACUUUUUAGAUGAGGGGACGCCUUUCCAAAUUGACCCCAAAGCAGGUACUAUCAUUAUAAAAGAGGGUUUGGAUUAUGAGAAAAAAGAAUAUUCCCUGACUAUUCAUGCAGUAGAUAACGGGGUGCCCUCUCUGUCAGGCAGGACAGAAGCCACAAUCAAACUGUUAGAUGUGAAUGAUAAUGACCCUGUGGUGAAGUUCAGGUAUUUUCCAACUACUUCUAAAUUUGCCUCUGUUGAUGAAAACGCGCAGAUCGGCACGGUCGUGGCUUUGCUCACCGUUUCAGAUUCAGACUCCCCCACUGCUAAUGGCAACAUAUCUGUUUCAAUCUUAGGAGGCAACGAGCAGAGACACUUUGAAGUGCACACGUCUCCUGUGCCCAAUUUAAGUCUCAUCAAAGUGGCCAGUGUGUUAGACAGGGAGAGAAUUUCCUCGUACAACUUGACUGUGUCUGUGUCAGACAAUGGCAAGCCUAUGGCCAGGUCCUCCUUUGCCAGUCUGGUUAUUUUUGUGAAUGAUAUCAACGAUCACCCGCCCAUAUUUCAGGAAACGCUGUACAGAGUAGAUAUCAGUGAAGACAUACCAAAAGGCAGCUACAUUAAAGGGGUCUCUGCAACAGAUGGUGACUCUGGGCAGAAUGCCAACCUGCGCUACUCCCUGGUGUCUGGAAACGCUUUGGGCUGGUUCUCCAUCAGUGAAAACAGUGGUCUGGUUACCAGCGCCGCUUUGCUGGAUAGGGAAAUAGCAUCUGAAAUUGUGCUCAACAUUAGUGCCAAAGACCAGGGGCUGCAGCCCAAGAUUUCUUACACUAAACUGAUAGUCAACAUCACUGACGUGAACGACCAAGUGCCUACAUUUACGCAGAGCACAUAUCACGUUUCCCUGGUGGAGCACGCUCCUGCCGGCACCGAGCUGCUGGUGCUGUCUGCCUCAGAUGACGACCUCGGGGCCAAUGGGACGGUCCGGUUCUCAUUUGAUGCAGAGACUCCAGCCAGCGUCCAGGAGCUGUUUCGCCUGGAUGCCGUGUCAGGACGAUUAAGCACAGCCGUGGAGCUUGACAGGGAGGAUCAGGCCUCCUACUUACUCCACGUCCAGGCAGCAGACGCAGGCAGCCCCCCUCUGCACUCUGUAGGGAAAGUCAACAUCACCCUGUGGGAUAUCAAUGACAAUAGGCCGGUUUUCUACCCGGUGCAGUAUUUUGCCACUGUUAAAGAGAACGAGCCCUCGGGUUCUUAUGUAACCACUGUUUCAGCUACAGACCCCGAUUUAGGUCGAAAUGGCACAGUCAAAUAUAUAAUUACAGCUGGAGACGCUUCCAAAUUCCGCAUUAACAGCAACACGGGGAAAAUUACCACGCUCGUGCCCCUGGAUAGAGAGGAGAAAACUGCUUACCAACUGCAGGUGACAGCAGCAGAUGGUAGCGGCCUGCGCUCACACACUCAGGCCAUUGUGACUGUCACUGUCAUAGACACACAGGACAACCCGCCGGUGUUUAGCCAGAAAGUGUACAGCUUCGUCAUGUUUGAAAAUGUGGGUGUUGGGACGGUUAUAGGGACAGUGUCAGCCACCACAGUGGAUCUGAACACAAACAUUUCAUAUCUGAUCACUUCAGGGGACCAGAGGGGGCUUUUUGUUGUAAACAGCGCAGGUCAGAUCACAGCGUCUAGUCAGAUAGACAGAGAGGAGCAGGGCUUUUAUCAGCUCAAGGUUGUAGCCAGAGCUGGGGAGAUCACAGGAGAGGCUUUUGUUAACAUAACUGUGAAGGACUUAAAUGAUAAUGCUCCUCAUUUCAUUCACUCUGUGGAGCAUGUGAGCGCUGUGGAGAACUGGAGCACAGGUCACGUAAUAUUCCAGGCCAAAGCUUCAGAUCCGGAUGAAGGCACAAAUGGCAUGGUGGUCUACAGCCUCAAACAAAACCCCAAAGGCCUGUUUCAUAUUCAUGAGAAGCAUGGCCUCAUCACGCUGACCGGGCCGCUGGAGGUCACGACCAGCUCCUAUGAGGUCGAAGUCAUGGCGUCAGACAUGGGGGUCCCACAGCACACGUCCAGCCUCGUCCUCAUCAUCAGCGUUUAUGACGUCAACGACAACUCACCUGUGUUUGACCAGCUCUCAUAUGAGGUCAUCAUCCUGGAGUCUGAGCCUGUCAACAGCCGCUUUUUUAAAUUGGAGGCCACCGACAAAGAUUCUGGUCUGAACGGAGAGAUUAUGUAUGACAUCGCCGGCGGCAACACCGGUGAAGUGUUUGGCAUUUUUCCAGACGGGCAGUUAUACAUCAAAGCAGAGCUGGACAGAGAAAUACAGGACAGAUACAACCUGGUGGUUGUGGCCAAAGACAGAGCCGUGGAGCCGCUGAGUGCCACCGUCAAUGUCAGCGUGAUCCUAGAUGAUGUAAACGAUAACCGGCCCCUCUUUAACAGCACUAAUUAUGUGUUUCAUUUUGAGGAAGAGCAGAAGAGGGGGUCUCUGGUUGGACAGGUUUUUGCUGAGGAUAAGGACUUUGGCCCUAACAGUGAGGUCAGAUAUACAUUUGAGACUCCGCAGCCCAACUUUGAGCUGAACGCCAUCACAGGGGAAUUGACCAGCACGCUGCAGUUGGACCGUGAGUCACUCAUGAGACAAAGAGGCGCCGCUGUGUUCAGCUUUGUGGUCGUCUCGUCAGACCAGGGUCUCCCCAAACCCCUCAGAGACCAGGCUAAAGUGCAAGUUUACAUUCAAGACAUCAAUGACAACCCACCUAAAUUCACCAAAGACAUUUACCAGGCCUCCAUCUCUGAAUCAGCUCAAAACAUGACACAACUGCUGCGGGUGUCUGCCUCAGACGUGGAUGAAAAUAAAAAUGGACUGGUUCGUUAUCACAUCUCUGAAGGCAAUGAGGAGGCUCAGUUUACAAUUGACAGCAGCUCUGGACAGGUGACUUUAGUCGGAAAGCUUGACUAUGAAUCCACGUCCUCCUAUUCGCUGAAAAUCAUAGCUGUUGAUGCUGGAACUGUUCCCCUGUCCUCCUCUUGUAUGCUCAGUAUCAGCAUCCUGGAUGAAAAUGACAACUCCCCCUCCUUCCCUAAAUCCUCGCUGUCUGUGGACGUCCUGGAAAACAUGAGGAUCGGAGAACUGGUGGCCUCUGUUACCGCCACUGAUGCGGAUUCAGGGCAGAACGCAGACAUAACAUACAGCAUCACGGCCACAAACAACCACGGCACUUUCAGCAUCAGCCCCAACACUGGCAGCAUCUUCUUGGUUAAAAAGCUGGAUUUUGAAACUCAGUCAUUUUACAAACUCAACAUUACUGCGAAGGACAAUGGCAGGCCGCCUCGCUCCUCAUCCAUUCCUGUGGUCAUUCAUGUGAGAGAUUUUAACGACAACCCUCCCAUAUUCACCCCUGGAGACAUUUUCAAAUCCAUCUCUGAAAAUCUUCCUAUCUCCGCCUCAGUCAUGACCAUUACAGCUCACGACACAGACGCAGACAUAAACGGGCAGCUGGAAUACUCCAUUGUUCAGCAGAUUCCUCGGGGAAGCCACUUCAACAUUGACCCGAGCACUGGGCUCAUAUACACCAACAGAGAAAUCGACAGGGAGUUCUCCAACCUGUUUGAGCUGACCAUCAAAGCCACUGACCAGGCAUUUCCAGUUGAAUUUCGCCGUUUUGCCCUGAAAAAUGUCACAAUAUGGGUGACGGACCAGAAUGAUAAUGUUCCCACUUUCGUGUCCCAGAAUGCCCUUGUGGCUGAGCCUAACAUAGUCAUCGGCUCCAUCCUGACAACAGUAGUGGCCUUCGACCCCGACGACGGCGCAAAUGGAGAGGUGGAGUACGAGCUGGUGGAAGGGGACUCGGACACUUUCAUUAUGGACAGGUACAGCGGGGAUAUUCGCCUGGCCUCCCAGCUGGUCCCGUCGCGGCUCAUGUACACACUCACGGUGUCGGCCACCGACCACGGCACCGACCGCAAGACCUCCAGAACUGAGCUGACCAUCAUCCUCCAGGGGAUGGACGGGCCUGUUUUCUCACAGCCCAAAUACAUCACCAUCCUGAAAGAGGGACAGCCGCCGGGCACCAAUGUCAUCUCCCUGGAUGCCUCGAGCCCGAGAGGCUCUGCAACCAAAGUGGAGUAUUUCAUCGUGGCAGUGCGCAGCGGUGGCAAAGCCGUGGGACGCCUUUUCACCAUCGGCCGCCACACUGGAGUGAUACAGACGGCUGCAGAGCUGGAUCGAGAACAAGGGUCCGACCUCUACCUGGUGGAUGUGUACGCCAUUGAGACGGACGCCAGCCAGCCCAGAACACAGCGUGCUGAGGUGGAGAUCACGCUGCAGGACGUCAACGACAACCCGCCUGUUUUCCCUAAUGAUAUUCUCGAUGUGACCAUUGAGGAGAAUGUCGGGGACGGCUUCAAGAUAAUGCAGCUAACAGCCACGGAUGCAGACGAGGGUCCCAAUGCUCUCGUGACGUACACCAUCAUCAGUGGAGCAGAUGACAGUUUUCGUAUUGACCCUGAAUCUGGUGAUCUGAUCGCCACCAAGAAACUGGACCGAGAGCGACGGUCAAAGUAUUCCCUGCUGGUGCGAGCAGACGAUGGGAAACAGUCGUCUGACAUGAGGCUCAACAUCACCGUCAAGGACGUGAACGACCACACGCCCAAGUUCUCCCGCACAACGUAUUCGUUUGACAUCCCUGAAGACAUGACGCCAGGCUCCAUCGUGGCGGCGAUCCUGGCCAGCGACUCUGACUCAGGGGUUAACGGAGAGGUCACCUACUCACUGGAGGAAGACGACGAGGACGAGACGUUCCUCCUGAAUCCCGUGACGGGAGUUUUCAAUGUGACACGUUCGCUGGACUAUGAGACUCAGCAGUAUUAUAUUCUGACUGCGAAAGCGCAGGACGGCGGCGGGCAGGCCAGCACAGUCAGGGUUUAUUUCAACGUGUUGGAUGUGAACGACAACCCGCCCAUCUUUAACACCACCGUGUACAGCACGUCUGUCUCAGAGAGUCUGCCGCCUGGAUCCAGUAUUGUCACUGUCGGGGCCACUGAUGCUGAUGAUGGUCAAAAUGCUCAGCUCCUCUACAAAAUUGCAUCUGGUGACCCCCAAGGCCACUUUGUCAUCACCAAGGAAGGAGUCCUCCAAACUAAGAGGGCCUUGGACCGGGAAACACAGUCUUUCUACAACCUGGUGGUCACCGUUAAUGACCUGGCCCCGCCGCCCAUGACCCGCUUCACCAGCACUGCCCAGGUGUCGAUCAUUCUCCUGGACGUCAACGACUGCCCGCCGACCUUCACCUCCCAGAAAAUGACCUACAUCCAGGAAAACACUCCGGUGGACACGGUUGUGUUCACUGCACAUGCCACGGACGCUGACAGCGGGCCCAACAGCUACGUGGAGUACUCCCUCAGAGGACCUUUUGGUAACAAGUUCAGCAUCGGGACCAUAGAUGGAGACGUCAGGUUGGUCGGGGAACUUGACAGAGAGGAACUUUCCAACUACACUCUCACAGUUGUAGCUACAGAUAAAGGGGAACCUCCUCUCUCUUCAACCAUGGAUGUAACGAUGAUGGUUUUGGACGUCAACGACAACACUCCGAGCUUCUCGCAGAACAUCUACGACAUUGAGAUUGAGGAGAACACCUUCACGGGGACUGAUGUCAUCCAGGUGUUUGCUAGCGAUGCCGACGACGGCACCAACGGACAGAUACGUUUCUCCAUCUCUGGAGGAAAUGCCAACUCUGAUUUCAGGAUCGACUCAGUCACAGGGGUGAUCUCGGUGGCCAAGCAGCUGGACCGUGAGGCUCGCUCGUCUUAUUCCCUGGUGGUCCAAGCUGCAGACCGCGGCAGCAGCCCCCGGGUGGACCGAGCAACGGUCAACAUUGUGUUACUGGACGUUAAUGACUGCUCACCGGUGUUCGAGCUCUCUCCUUACACCGUCAACGUUCAGGAGAACCUCGAGAACCUACCCAAAAACAUUCUGCAGGUUGUUGCCCGGGACGACGACCAAGGUGCCAACGGUCAGCUGAGCUACAUGCUCAGUGGUGGGAACGACGAGGGCGCCUUCACCCUGUCAUCCAACGGCCAGCUGAGCCUGACUCAGACGCUGGACCGGGAGGCUCAGGGGAAAUACGUCCUGCUGAUCACGGCCACAGACUCAGGUUCUCCAUCGCUAAGUGGAACGGGAACAGUAACGGUUCUGGUGGACGACGUCAAUGAUAACGUUCCCGUGUUCACCUCGGCCACCUUCCACACCACCAUCAUGGAGGACGCCCCGACGGGAACAGAUGUCUUGUUGGUCAACAGCUCGGAUGCAGACGUUGGACUCAAUGGUGUUAUCAGCUAUAGCCUGAGUGGAGGCCAUGGCCAGUUCUCCAUUAACCCGGCUACAGGACAGAUUAUCACCAGCUCCCUGCUGGACCGAGAAGACAGGGCCAAUUACCAGCUGCUGGUUGUGGCGACAGAUGGAGGGCAGCCCGAGGGUUUGUCCAGCUCUGCCACCGUGUCCGUGACGGUCGCCGACAUCAAUGAUAACCCUCCACGCUUCCACCACCACCCCUACGUCACCCACAUCCCCGCCUACACUGCAGCAGGGUCCUUGGUCUUUGCUGUGACUGUCACUGAUGAGGACUCGGGCUCCAACGCCCAGCUGCAUUACUCCCUGAUGGGUCGCAACUCUGAGAAAUUCAAGAUCGACCCAGUCAGAGGUGCCAUUACUGCCAAUGAGAAGCUUACUGGAAGUUCAGAAGUCACUCUGACAGUUCGUGUCAAAGACGGCGGAGCUAAUCCCAAAACGGAUACAACUACUGUGACUGUCCGCUUUGUUACUGGAGGAAACUUUCCUGUAAUUAAACUGAAGGAACAUGUGUUCACAUUCCCUGAGAGCCAACCCAACAACCACGUUGUUACAACAGUGACUGGGUCUUCUAUGAGGGGUGGACCGCUGUCAUAUUACAUUGCCAGCGGAAACCUGGAUAACGCCUUUCAUAUAGACCAGCUAUCAGGGGAGUUGUCGAUCAGACAUCCGCUGGAUUAUGAACACAUUCAGAAGUAUGUUCUCUGGAUCGAGGCCAGAGAUCAGGGCUUCCCACCUUACUCCUCUUAUGAGAAGGUAGAAAUAACUGUGCUGGACGUGAAUGACAAUCACCCAGUGUUUGAUAAGGACCCCUUCCAUGCUGAGAUAUUGGAGAAUCUUUCACCUCAGCGGGUGCUGAUGGUCUCCGCUGUUGAUCUGGACAGCGGCCCUAAUGGACAGCUGGAAUACGCCAUCAUUGAUGGCAACAAAGAGAACAGUUUUAGCAUCAAUCGAGCCACUGGUGAAAUACGAACCACCAGGCCGCUGGACCGCGAGAAGGUGGCUCUGUACACUUUGAAAGUCAAAGCCACUGACCGGGGUUUGCCACCCAAAAACACUGCUGUCAAAGUGCUAAUCAACGUGCUGGACGUGAAUGACAAUGCCCCCAGGUUUUCCAAGAUCUUUAGUGCUACAGUGGCUGAAAAUGCACCUGUGGGUUACACUGUCACCAGAGUCACCACCACAGAUGAGGAUGCUGGUUCGAAUGCCAUUAGCCGAUAUUCAAUUACAGAUACCAGCCUUCCAUUCAAUAUUAAUCCAAACACAGGAGAUAUAACAAUUAGUAGGCCACUCAACAGAGAGGACACUGAUCACUACAUUGUAAAGGUAACUGCCCAUGACUCUGGCUGGACUGUAAGCACAGAUGUCACCAUAUUUAUCACGGAUAUUAAUGAUAAUGCCCCCAGAUUCAGUCGGCCAUCUUACUAUCUGGACUACCCUGAGCUCACAGAGGUGGGCUCCCUGGUGACACAGGUGUCUGCCACUGAUCCUGACGAAGGUUUCAAUGGCAAAAUUUUCUAUUUCAUUCGAUCCCAGUCGGAAUAUUUCAGAAUUAACGCCAGCACUGGGGAGAUAUUUGUGAAGCAGCAGUUACAAUAUCAGAACUCAACAGGUGCUACUAGUAUAAAUAUAAAUCGGCACAGCUUCAUUGUCACGGCCUCAGACCGAGCCGUCAAGCCUUUGAUGAGUGAGACGACAGUGAUUGUGAACAUUGUAGACAGUAACGAUAAUCCUCCUGAAUUUGAUUCCCCCAGCUACUUUACUCCUGUCACAAAAAGUGUCAAGGUUGGCACCAGGCUUAUUAGAGUUAUAGCUCAUGACAAAAAAGACUUUGGCCUUAAUUCUGAGGUUGAGUACUUAAUAACAGGUGGAAACAGCUCAAGCAAAUUCAGACUGGAUAAAACAAGUGGAUGGAUUACUGUUGCCUCCUCCCUCACAUCUGAUAUGAAUAAAAUUUUCCUCAUCGACGUCACUGCGAGUGACAGAGGAAAUCCUCCUCUGUCGGCUCGAACGUCAGUGAGAAUAGCAGUCACAGAGGAAAACCACCACACACCUGAGUUCUCACAAAGCCAAAUCUCAGCUACUGUACCUGAAAGCCUUGCUGUUGGGACAGCAAUUAGGACGCUGUCUGCCAGAGACAAAGAUAAAGAGAUGAAUGGCCUUGUCACAUACAAUAUUACUACAGGCAACGACAAGGGUCUGUUUGCACUUAAUAGUAAAACUGGAGUGUUAUCCCUGGCUCACCCUCUGGACUUUGAAGAGAAGCAACAACAUGAGCUUAGAAUUUCAGCCACUGAUGGCGGUUGGAUUGCAAAAACAAGCUAUGUCUCCAUCACAGUACACGUGACUGAUGUGAACGACAACCCUCCUGUGUUUGAUCCCGACGAGUACUUCCCCAUUGUUCAGGAGAACGUUCCCAGUGGCACCACUGUGGUCAAACUGAACGCCGUAGACCGCGAUUCAGGAGCUAACGCGGUCAUGGCUUACGUUAUUCAGUCAUCAGACAGUGACCUCUUUGUUAUCGACCCGAACACAGGCACCAUUACCACCCAGGGCUUCUUGGACUAUGAGGCGAAACAGGUCUACCAUUUAACAGCAAAGGCCUUCAAUGUCCCAGACGAGGAACGCUGCAGCUUCGCCAACGUCAACAUUCAGCUAAAGGGAGCCAAUGAAUACGUACCCCGCUUUGUCUCCAAACAGUACUACUUUGAAAUCUCUGAAGCCGCUCCAAAAGGCACAGUGGUUGGGGAGGUUUUUGCCAGUGAUCGAGACCAAGGAGAAGAUGGAGUGGUUUACUACCUCAUUUUUGGUAAGAGCAGAAAGAAGGGCUUUGGCAUCAACAAGACAACUGGCCAGAUUUAUGUCACAGGUACUCUAGACCGUGAGAAAGAGGAAAAGAUUUCACUGAAGGUGUUAGCCAAGAAUGCAGGAAGCAUCCGUGGGGCAGAUAUAGAUGAGGUAUUUGUUAAUAUCACUAUUCUUGAUGCCAAUGAUCCACCUGUAUUUACCCAAGAACUGUAUGAUGUGCAGGUUAGUGAAGGCCUGUCACCUGGUGGCCUGGUUACCUUUGUGAGUGCUGAGGACUCAGACUCUGUCCCGAGCUGGAGCAGAUUUUCUUACUCAAUCGCUCCUGAGUUUGAUAAAAAUGUUUUUACUAUCAACCCAAAAACUGGCCAAGUGUCUGUAGCUGCAGAGCUAGACAGAGAAACAACCCCAGUGUAUAAUCUGACUGUUCUUGCUGUGGAUACUGGCACGCCUCCUGCAACCGGAAGCACCACUGUGAUCGUGAAUCUGGAAGAUAUCAACGACAAUGGUCCAACUUUGACAACCGCCUAUGCUGAGGUAAUGGAGAACCAGAGAGCCGCCACUGGAGUUACAACUCUGACAGCCUCUGAUCCAGAUCUACCACCUAACCAAGGCCCUUUCUUAUUCAGCCUCCUCAAUUCUGGUUCUGCCAACAGCUACUUCAGUCUGAGUCCAGCUGGAGUGUUAACCACCAGUCGGGAGAUCGACAGAGAACAGAUUAGUGACUUCUACCUCUCUGUUGUGAUAAAGGACUCUGGUGUGCCUCAAAUGUCCUCCACAGGAACAAUUCACGUCAAAGUAAAUGAUCAGAACGACAAUCCUUCAGAGCCGAGGUCCAUGGAAAUCUUUGUCCACUACUUUGGAAACAUGUUUCCCGGAGGUUCUUUGGGAGAUGUCAAACCUCAAGACCCUGACAUCCAGGAUAGGUUCCACUGCUCCCUUAUCCCUCCAUCAUCUGGUCUGUUCAGUAUCCCAACUGGAACCUGCAGCCUCAACUCUAAAGCUCGCUCUAACGAUGGAACUUUUGAACUAACCAUCCGCAGCAGUGAUGGCGUCCACGGUUCAGUCAGCAAUACAGCCAGAGUCCUCUUCAUGGGCUUCACCAAUGCCACAGUAGACAACAGCAUUCUCAUCCGCCUCCAAUCUGACGGAGUUAAAAGCUUCCUCACCAACCACUACCUCAGCUUCUUACGCAUUGCCAACUCUCAGCUAGCAGGACUAGGCACCGGGGUGCUGCUUUAUGGAGCAUUUGAGCUCAACAAUCAAACUUUCCUGAUGGCAGCUGUGAAACGGGGCCACGGACAAUAUGUGAACCCCAGCGGCGUGGCCACAUUCUUCCAAAGUAUCAAAGACAUUUUAUAUAGACAGAGCGGGGUGCAAAUAGAUGCGGUGGACCAUGAUCCUUGCACACGUAACCCAUGCCAGAAUGGAGGCAGCUGCAAGCGGCGUCUCAGUGUCGGGCCUGAUAUGAAGACAGAGGAAAGUGUCCCAGUGAUCCUUGUUUCCAACCACCCCCUGCAGCCCUACGCCUGCAGCUGCAGGCCAGGAUACACAGGAGCUCUGUGUGAGACAGACAUCGACGAGUGCCAGCCAUCGCCCUGCCACAAUGGCGGCACCUGCCAUAAUCUGGUGGGGGGUUUCUCCUGCACCUGUCCUGAGGGUUUCACCGGGAUGGCCUGUGAGAGGGAUAUCAACGAAUGCCUUUCCAAUCCCUGCAAAAAUGGGGCGUUGUGCCAGAACUUCCCUGGCGGCUUCAACUGUCUCUGUAAAUCCGGCUUUGCAGGCAAAACGUGCGAUUCCAUCAUCAAUCACUGUGAGUGUAACCCUUGUUUUAAUGGCGGUUCCUGUCAGAAUCUGGUGGAUGGAUAUGACUGUCAGUGUCCGUUCGGGGUUUUCGGCAAACACUGUGAACUGAACAGCUAUGGCUUUGAGGAGCUCUCCUACAUGGAGUUUCCGUCUCUGGAUCCCAACAAUAACUACAUAUAUAUCAAGUUUGCUACCCUGAAGAGCAACGCGCUGCUUAUGUACAACCACGACAACCAGACUGGAGACAAGGCGGAGUUCUUGGCGUUGGAAAUCUUCGAGGGACAGAUGCGCUUCUCUUUCAACUUGGGCAGUGGAACUUACAAACUGAUGACCAUGAUAAAAGUCUCGGACGGGAAGUUCCACACAGUCAUCGCCAGGAGAGCUGGGAUGGCUGCAUCGCUGACCGUGGACCUGUGUCGCAGUGACCAGGAACCAGGCUACUGUGCUGUGAGCAACGUGGUAGUGCACACGGACUGGAUCCUGGACGUGCAUCCCAACAGGCUCUCGGUGGGAGGCGUCAGGUCAAUAGAUCCCAUCCUUCAUCGGCGUGGUCAGAUCGCCACCCACGACUUUGUCGGCUGCAUCAUGGAGUUUGCGGUCAACGGCCGCCCGCUGGAGCCCAGUCAGGCGCUGGCAUCACGUGGCAUCCUUGACAGAUGUCCGAGACUGGAAGGAGCCUGCACCGCCAGCCCCUGCAGACAUGGGGGCACCUGUUUGGACCACUGGUUCUGGCAGCAGUGCCAGUGCGUGGAUGGCUUCACUGGCAAGUUCUGUGAGAAAUACAUGACGGCGGACACCGCCCUGUCUCUGGACGGCACCGGCCGCCUGGACUACUCCCUGAAGCUGGGCCCGAAGCGUGACGUCCUGCUGAGACAGUCUCUGCAGGGUCUGUCCUCAGACUCCGUCGGUCUGAGCAGCUUGGAGGUCAAGUUCAGGACGCGCAGCAAGAGUGGCACGCUGCUGCACAUCCAGGAGAGCAGCAACUACACGACUGUGAAGCUGAGAAACGGUAACGUCCACUACAUCUCAGAUGCCGGCGUCGGGGGGAAGGUGGAGCGGACGGUGGGAGAUGCACCGCUGUCGGACGGCCAGUGGCACACUCUCCACAUGGUCAAGAAUGGCUCGGGCACUGUGGUCCAAGUGGGCAGCAGCCACCCCAGAGUCAUCCAGCACCCCACCCAGGACUUUGGAGGACUCAGUGUUGUAACCUUCUCCCUGGGAGGGAUCCCACCUGGCCCUGCUCAGCAGAAAACCGGAGCAGGUUUCGAUGGCUGCUUGGCGUACGUGAAGUACAAUGGGGAGAACCUGCCAUUCACUGGAGAACACAGUCUCGUCACCUUAACCAAGACCAGCUCGUCUGUGAAAAUUGGCUGCAGAGGUCCCAACCUGUGUGAGAGCAAUCCAUGCUGGGAUGGCCUGAUGUGUGUCAACCAGUGGUACACAUACCAGUGCGUCCCGCCAGGCGACUGUGCUUCUAAUCCCUGCCAGAACCAUGGCAGCUGUGUGCCGGACCCCCACUCAGGUUUCACUUGUGUCUGCUCCGAGUUCUACACAGGCAAUACUUGUGAGACUUUAGUGGCCUGUCUGGGCGUCCAGUGUCCUCAGGGUACUGUCUGCAACACAGCCAAUAAUGGAGGAUUUGUCUGCAGCCCGAGCCCUACAACAGAGACAAUGGUCCUCCCCAUCUGGGCUGUGCCGGCUAUUGUCGGCAGCUGUGCCACCGUCCUCGCCUUGGUGGUGCUCAGCCUGAUCCUUUGCAACCACUGCAAGGACCGCAACAAAACCAAAGUGCCAAAGGAACCCAAGGAAAAGAAACCCAAGGAGAAGAAGAAGAAGAAAAAGAAGAAGGGCAGUGAGAACGUAGCGUUCGACGACCCGGAUAACAUCCCUCCAUAUGGAGAUGACAUGACGGUACGGAAACAACCAGAGGGGAACCCCAAACCAGACAUCAUUGAGAGGGAGAACCCUUAUCUGAUCUAUGAUGAAACAGACAUUCCCCACAACAAUGAGACCGUCCCCAGUGCUCCCUGUGCCCCCUGCAAUGGUCCAGAGGCAGAUAUUGAACAUUAUGAUAUAGAUAAUGCCAGCAGUAUCGCUCCUUCAGAUGCGGACAUCAUCCAGCACUACAAACAGUUCCGCAGCCACACUCCCAAGUUCUCCAUCCAGAGACACAGCCCGCUGGGCUUCGCCAGACAGUCCCCCUUACCCCUUGGAGCAACGAGCUACACCUACCAGCCUCAGUACACCCAGGCACUGAGGUCCACUCCGCUGAGCCACUCCCACUCAGCCUGCCCCACCCCAAACCCUCUCUCCAGACACUCCCCAGCCCCAUUCACCAAGCCCUCCUCCUUUUACCGAAACACUCCCACCAGAGAACUCAACCUGGCUCGCCGAGAGGGCAGCCCGCUGGACCUGCACAACGACAUGUGCCAACCACCACCCAUGUUCAACUACGCCACCCGGCUGGGAAGGCGCAGCAAGAGUCCGCAGACCAUGGCCAGCCACGGCCACACCUCCAGGCCUGGCAGUCGGCUGAAGCAGCCGAUUGAGCAGAUCCCCCUGGAGACGGGGCCUCCUGUGGGGCUAUCCAUUGAGGAGGUGGAGCGGCUGAACACUCCACGUCCACGCAACCCCAGCAUCUGCAGCGCUGACCACGGGCGCUCCAGCUCAGAGGAGGACUGCCGCAGGCCACUGUCGAGGGUCCGUAACCCCGCUGAUGGCAUCCCUGCUCCAGAGUCCUCUUCAGAAAGUGACUCACACGAUUCCUUCACCUGCUCGGAGAUGGAGUACGACCGGGAGAAGCCCGUGUCUUACAGCUCCCGGGUUCCGAAGCUCUCACAAGUCAACGAGUCAGAUGCUGACGAUGAGGACUAUGGAGGGAGGCUCAAGCAGAGGCGGUACUCGAGUCGGAGGGCAGAAGGAGGGCCUGGUGUUACCCAGAUGCCCCCUACUGAGCAGCACUACACCCUACCCCACAAACUGGGCCAACAAGCCGGGGGCUUCAACUGGGACAAUCUGUUGAACUGGGGCCCCGGCUUUGGACAUUAUGUAGACGUGUUCAAGGACUUAGCCUUGCUUCCCGAGAACGCGGCAGCAAAAGACAUUGAGAUGAACAGUGGGGAUGGCUCAGUGACCAUUCUAAACGAAGGCGAAGCUGAGCAAUAUGUAUGAGACUAUUUAUUACAAUGUUGUACAAUAUGGUGACGUUCUCCAUUUAAAAAAAAGAAGACUGUAUAUUUCAAGGGAAGAUUGGAAUUCUUUUUUUGUUUUUACAUUACUCAAAAUAAUAAGACGACUUUUAAAUGCAGUAAGGCAGAAAACUGGCACCUGUAACAUGACAUAUUUCGUCAUGAGCCACCUUGGAAUAGUUUACCAGUCUUUUCUAGGUUCAAACUGUACAGGCGUGUAUUCAUCUCUGAGGCCUCAGUACAACGUAUCCAUUGACACCGAAAAAAAGGAAUCCAUGUCUGAAUUCAAUUUAUGCGACUGCAAAGCUCCGUUCACAUUAUCUUGAUCAAACAUUUCUGUUCUCUAUUACCAAUAUUGCCUCUCCUUUCCAAAAACUUCUGUCACAUUCACAGCUGAGAGAUAAGAGGGUAGAGAAUAUUAACACUCACAGGAAGAGAAUUCCAGCAGGCUGCAGAGCAAAAGAAAACUCCCGGUCUCUGUCUUUUUAGGGGUCAAUUUUUAAUUUAGCUAAAAGGAAGCAUGUGUGUUUGAUCGGACUGCACCUGUAGGUGACGGGACACGGCACUCGGUGUGAAAAUAAGUGCACCGUUUAGCUCGCAUGGUAUUGCAGACCCCACCAAUAUUCGGAUCCCUUUCUGUCUGCGUGUUUUCUCACAGAAGACUGGCUAAAUGCUCCAAGAGUGAGAUUUAAUCAAGUCCCCCUGCCUUACAGACAUUUGAGGAUUUCAGUACGGGAGAAAAACUUUUCCUCUUCUGCUUUUCUGGCCUGCGUUCAGGAGAAGAGGAGUUUUUUUUGUGGGGGGGUAGUUGUUUGUCACAAAACCACGUUCUCUGACCAGCCAAGUGUUUUCCGGGCAACGAUGAUGAUGAUGUUUGGAUCCUGUAAACAUGACCCCAACUAAAACACUAUGAACUUGUGUACAUUUUUUUAAUCUGUGAGAAAUCAUGGAGUCAUUUGUCACGUUGUUGGUGUCUUUGUUCAUUAUUUUGACAUGUAUGGUUUCUACAUUUUGUACUGUUUAUUAACUUAAAUUACUUAAGCUGUGUUUUUAUGGAUAUUUUCAUAUGCUGAAAUGUAUGUUCUUACUUUCGGGGAAAGUAAGAUUGAAGACUUAUUUUUUACAUUUGUUACAUAUGUAACAUCAGUAUUUUCCACUUUUGAUAAAACUAUAACAUGCUGUAUGCUUUGUACCUGUAAAAAGCCAAUAACAGAAUAAAAAAGUAUUUAUUUAAAAGUG